ACUGUCUAAUAUGUUAUUAAGACCAGGGACGUCUUAAGCUAGGGUGGGGCCCUUGGGCACACAAGAAUUGAGGCCUUUCGGAAAGUAAAAAAAGCGAAUUAUAAUAACAUUUUUUUACUGAGUUUGAGACCAUUUAUUAUAGAAUGUUUUAUAACCACAAUGACUUCACCUAAAAGUCUUAGUUACCAGGUCAUAAAAUCUCUUAAAAAAAUAUAUUUUUAUCUUAGAAAUUUUAAAUCAAAAUUCAAAUUCACAGAAGGAAUGCACAUAGUUGUAGGUAGCAGGCUGCCUGAAUUUAUAUGUGCGUCUAUGGCAAAGUAGUUACAAAAAAUAUUAUAUUUGCCCUAACCGAUGCAGCAUAAACUAAAAAUAUGAAUAUUCAGUUUCCGAUAUUGACACCUCGGUUGAUCGAUUCUAAAUGGUUCAAUGCAGACAGUCCUUGUGAUGAAGAGGCCGAACUUACUGCUUUAGAACAAGCAAACCAACAAUGGCUGAAUUCAAUUGGCCAGCAAUAUAUGAAACGUGCCCCUCUUGGUAAGACUGAACCUGAACCAAUGGAAGAAGAAGGAGAUAGCGAUGAAGAAGAAGGUAAUGACGAAUCAGAUGAAACAGAAGAAUCUCAUGAUGAGGAUGAAGAGGAAGAUGUACCAACAACAUACUCUCCAGCUAGGAAUAACAAUGAAUUAGAACCUGACAGUUUAGAUGAUCUUAAUGAUGCACCCGAACUUAAUGCUGCAGAUCAAAGCUCCCUUGCGGCCCUUUGGACUAUACAAUAGUUUAAAAUGUUAUUACGACUAUAAAUAAAUUAUUUCAGAUUUAAA